UAAACUUUUACUAUCUCUUUUAUAUCCUAUAUCCUAUAAUAAUAAAAGUUGUCCCAUGAUAAAAAUAAAUCUUUGAAACAACUCCAAUUGCAAAUCCUAAGAAAAAAAAAUUUUAAAAUUGCAUCACAAUUAUAUCUCUGGUUUUUUCUUGUUCCCAUCAAUCCAGACACCCCACAUCAUCCCUCCAAGCCUGAAAGAAAGAAAGCCAGGGAGAGACACCUCCCCCUUUCCUCAGGUUCAUCCAAAAUAAUUCAGAAAAUAUUGUUUGAUUUAUUCAGAUUAUAUGAUAUGAUAUAGAAUCCAAAGAAAACCCAGCUACUACACCACCUUCCUUUUCUUUUCUAACCUUCUUAUUUUUUUAAAAAAAAAUUGUUUUAACAAUUUUUUUUUUGAAAGUUACUCUCCAACAAAACCAUUACAGAUCAGUUAGAUAACCCUUUUUUUUUCCUUUCAAUUUCCAUGAUGGAUCUCUCUUAACAAAUCAAAAAGCUCUAAUCUUUGCUUUCAGGUUUCUGGGUAACAUUAUUUUCUGUCCUUCCCUCUAUUUUUAGCUGCAUUCUCAAUUUAUAGAGCUCAGAUUUUUGUGGGUUUUUUUUUUUUUUUUUUUUUUUUUUUUCAUUUUUUGUCAUAAAGCUUCAAUCUUUUCAAAAUUUGUAGAAUUCCAAGAUUAUUUUUUUUAUUGUAAUCCUUUUGAAAUUGAACGGAAAAUGGAGGGUUUUUAAGGUGGUUAAAGGUAGUUGUAAUUCAAAUUCAUGCUAUAUAGAUCUGAGUUUAUAUCCAAAUUAUUCGUCUUUUUUGUGGAAUUUUGGAUCCACUUCUAAAUUUAGCAACAUUUAGCUUUAUAUUUGCAUGUUCUGGUGCUAAGGUUAGCUAAUCAACAUAACCCUUUAAUGCAAGAUCUGAAUUUUCUUUUUUGUUUCCACUUUCUCACGGUGUAGCAUCAUACAUUCCAUAGUUUGUUUUCUGGGUUCUUUUAGUUUGAUGUCUAUGAUUCCUAGGUUAUGAUAGAGAUGUUUAAUGUUGUGGCCUCUUUAAGGGAUAUGAGUUUGAUGUGUUUGGAUUGAUUCUACUUGAAAAUAUUGAUUUAAAGUGUGCACCAUGUUGAAGCAAAUCCUUAGUAAGAUUCCUAGGAAAUCCCUUAAAUCAGAUAAUGUUGAACCAGUUUUGAACAACAAUUUAAAUGGUUCAGGCAAUGGCACUCCGAGGGGACAGAAUGGCAAUGUUGCUUCAGGCAAAGCAAAUGCCACGAAGCGGACAUCGUCUGCUGUGUUCCCAACGAGCGUGGUUGCAGGAAUUGAACCCCUUGUGUCAUUCAAGGAUGUUCCGAAUUCAGAGAAGAUGAAUUUGUUCCUUAGUAAGUUGAACCUUUGUUGUGUGACCUUCGAUUUCUAUGAUCCUAGUAAGAAUACUUCGGAGAAGGAUGUUAAGCGGCAAACAUUGAUUGAACUUGUGGAUUUUGUUGCCUCAGGGCCAUCUUCUAAGUUCCCUGAGCCUGCUAUAUUUGCUAUGUGUAGAAUGUGUGCUGUUAACCUCUUUCGGGUUUUCCCUCCGAAUUAUAGGUCUAGUGGGGGUGGGGGUGGUGGUGAAAACGAUGAUGGUGAACCCAUGUUUGAUCCUUCUUGGACACAUUUGCAAAUUGUGUAUGAUUUGUUGCUUAAGUUUAUUACUUCACCAUCAUUGGAUGCAAAGGUAGCAAAGAAAUACAUAGAUCAUUCGUUCAUAUUGAAGCUACUUGAUCUUUUUGAUUCUGAGGAUCCUAGGGAAAGAGAGUGUCUAAAGACUAUCCUUCAUAGGGUUUAUGGUAAAUUCAUGGUCCAUAGGCCGUUUGUUCGAAAAGCUAUGAGCAAUAUAUUCUACCGGUUUGUGUUUGAGACUGAGAAACAUAAUGGAAUUGCAGAAUUGUUGGAAAUCUUUGGGAGUGUUAUUAGUGGGUUUGCCUUGCCCUUGAAAGAAGAGCACAAGAUGUUUUUGUGGAGAGCUUUGAUUCCACUGCAUAAACCAAAAUCUUUAGGUACUUACUUUCAGCAACUGUCCUACUGUAUUACACAGUUUAUAGACAAGGAGCCGAAGUUAACUAGCACAGUAAUUAAAGGCUUGCUAAAGUACUGGCCGAUCACAAAUAGCCAGAAGGAAGUCAUGUUCUUGGGUGAGCUGGAAGAGAUAUUGGAAGCCACAAACAUGCUAGAAUUCCAAAAGGUUAUGAUUCCGUUGUUCUCACGAGUUGCCUGUUGUAUCAAUAGCUAUCACUUUCAGGUGGCUGAAAGGGCGCUUUUUCUAUGGAAUAACGAUCAAAUUCUCAAUCUAAUUGGUCACAAUCGAGGCGUGAUCCUUCCUAUAAUCUUCCCAGCUCUGGAGAGGAAUGCCCAAAGCCACUGGAACCAGGCAGUUCUCAACCUAACCUUAAACGUGAGAAAAAUAUUCCAGGAAAUGGACGAGCCACUCUUUCAUGAGUGUCAAAUGCAGUUCAGAGAGGACGAGGCUAAGCUAUCCUUGAUUGUAGAGCAGCGGAAAGCAAAUUGGGAGCGCUUAGAGAGUGCGGCUGCUAGUCUGCAGCCAAUAACUGGAAACAUAGCUGUUCUAGUAUCGCCUUGUGCCCCUUCAAUCACCUGCUAGUAAGUGGAAAGCGGAAAAAGUGCUUGUAGUUUGGUUCUCUUUGUUGAUCAUAUAGUUUGUUAUAGGAGAACCAGAAGGAAUGUAUGAAAGAUGAAAAGGAGGCUGAAUUCACAAGGGUACUUUUUUAAAUAAAUUGCCCUUGUGAAUCAAGUCUUGUUAUUGUAACUUGCUUUUGAUCUUCUUGUGAUACUUUAUCUUUUAUGUCAUCUUCUGUAACUGAUUAAUUGGGUUAUGACCUAAGUCAAGUUAGUAGUAACUAGUAAGAAAAGGGGUUUGCCCAUUUCCUAGCAAAUGUAAAAAGCCUCUUGUUUCCAUGGAAUUUACAUGAUGGAUGAAUUUCUCUUUUUUUUGU